CUCAGUAUCAUGAAGUUCUUCGUUGUUCUCGUGAUUUUGUCGGCUGAAAUAAAUGGUUUGUGUUACGACCACUGGCCAAACUGCAAAGACUACAUGAACAGACCAGGCAAUCUGUGUGAAACAAAUAGCUUCGUAAAAUACAAAUGUAAGAAGAGUUGCGGUUCGUGCGGAGGUCCCAGGCCUCCUGUGACACAAAGGCCACCUGAGCCUCCAAAGCCAUCAAGACCACCCGCACCUCCCCCUUCCCCAGGUUCAUGCGGCAUGAAACCAGAGUCACGAAUUGUUGGUGGUACCCAGGCCCGUGCGGGCGACUGGCCAUGGCAAGCAAUGCUCAAAUAUCGUCCAUCAUAUAACAAAGGAGCAAGUUUUUGUGGAGGAACCUUGAUAGCUCCACAAUGGGUUCUUACCGCCGCACACUGUGUAAAAAGGAAGAGAGCUGUGGAUCUCAGGAUCAGAUUGGGAGCUCAUAACAAAAAGGGAAAUGAUGCAACAGCUCAAGACAUUGAGAUUGAAAGGAUUAUAAUGCAUCGCUUGUACAAGAAACCAUUCGGUAUGAGUCAUGAUAUCGCGUUAGUGAAGCUUAGCAGACCGGCGGAGAUCAACAGGGCUGUGAGACUCGCUUGUCUACCAGACGCAUCAGUUGAUCUACCAAUUGAUGACGGUAGCAAGACAUGCUGGAUCACAGGCUGGGGUUCCCUGUCUUCUGGAGGACCUAGUGCCAGUCAACUCAUGCAAGCUGAAGUACCACUAGUUUCCAAAGAGCGCUGUGUCAAAAGUUAUCCAAGGCAGAUCCACGACUCCAUGCUGUGCGCAGGUCAUGAUGAAGGUGGGAUAGACACGUGCCAAGGUGACAGUGGAGGUCCACUGGUAUGCAAAUAUGGCGGUAAAUGGCACUUGGAGGGUGCCACAAGCUGGGGGCACAAAUGUGCACAGCCAGGGUACUUUGGUGUGUACGCCAAUAUAAGAUACCUAUUAGAUUGGGUCUAUGACACAAUGGCUUCGUAUUGAUUAAAUCUUUACUUUGAUGACAUUGAAACAAGGUUUUAAGUAAAGCAAUAGAUAAAUAAA